ACGGUUGCGGCCGCGGAGGCUCUGGCAGCUCGGGACUAAGUGCAAGUUAACAGAAUCACCAUGAUUCUUCAGAGGCUCUUCAGGUUCUCCUCUCCCAUUCGGUCUGCAGUCUCAGUUCAUUUGAGGAGGAACAUUGGUGUUACAGCAGUGGCAUUUAAUAAGGAACUUGAUCCUGUACAGAAACUCUUCGUGGACAACUUUAGAGAAUACAGAACUAAGCGACAGGCAUCUGGAGGACCCGUUGAUAUUGGCCCAGAGUACCAGCAAGACCCAGAGAGGGAGCUUUUUAAGCUUAAGCAAAUGUAUGGUAAAGCAGACAUGAAUACGUUCCCAGACUUCAAAUUUGAAGAUCCUAAAUUUGAAGUCAUCGAAAAACCCCAGUCCUGAAGAAAGAAUGUAAAAUUUAUUUGGUAACUUGUCCUAGAUUAGUUGUACAACUGUAUCAGAAUAAACAUACAUUUCUCAGCUGUCAAGUGUUCUUUUAAUUCUGAUUCCAAAUAAAUUAUUUGGUGAUGUUGGGUGUA